AUGGUCGGAGAAGUUGAGCACGACAUGUGGAACGAUGAGCAGUCGUGGGCGUUUCCAGUUCUCCCGGUCGAAGACAAUGGUGGGAAGACACUGAUAGAGAGUGGCAAGAUCUUGACGGGCGUGGAGCAGCAGAUGAAUGGCAAGGGGAAGAAGAGGGCCACGGGGAAUGAGAUCGAUGAACACGAGCUACAUAUAUGGACGGAGAGAGAGAGGAGGAAGAAGAUGAGGGACAUGUUUGCUAGCCUCCAAGCUUUGAUCCCUAAACUCCACCCCAGGGUAGACAAAACCACCAUAGUUGAUGAAGCAGUGGAAUACAUCAAGAAGAUGCAGAAAAGCCUCGAAAAACUCGAAAAGCUGAAGGAGAAGAAGCUUAAAGGAGGAAACAACAACCUCGCCAGCUGUGAUAUUCCAGGCAUCACCAGCCAAUCCCGUGAGGCAUUCAUGGCGGAUCAAACAUCGACAAGCCAGCAGCCUCCGCCUCCGGUCACUCAACUAAACCCUCAUUCGGGCCGGGCCAGUUUUACUUCAUGGGCUUCUACAAAUGUAGUGCUGAAUGUGUGUGGGAUUGAUGCCCAUCUCAGCAUUGUUUGCAGCCCUACAAAGACCGGGAUGAUGGCCUAUCUCGGGCUUGUGAUGGACAACCACAACCUCGACCUCGUCUCUGCCCACCUCUCGUCCGAUUCCGUCUUGCGCAACUACAUGGUUCAUAUCAGGGCAAAUGGAGCUGUGCAGCAGCAGUUGGCUGAGGGGGCAUCAUUUCAUGUGGAAGAAACGUACAAGAAAGUUGCAGCUGAGCUCAUGCUUUGGAUUAAUUCCUAA